AUGCCACGACUUUUCACUUUUAGUCCGCCUCCCGCCUCCGCCAUGCCUCCAUCUCCCUCGCUCUUCUCUCUCAUCACCAUAUUCAUCGCCACCAUCCUUACGGCGGCACACUCCCAACACACCAACACCACCUCCUCCUCCUAUGCCAACUGCAACCGAACCUUCACAUGCGGAACGAUCCGAAACAUCAUCUACCCAUUCACCGGCGGCGACCGCCCCUCAUACUGCGGCCUCCCCGAGUUCACUCUCACCUGCCGCGACAACAAUGUCACCGAACUCACCCAGAACUCAGUGGCAUACCGAGUUCUCCGCCUCGACCAGGCCGAGAAAUUCAUGAUCCUUGCACCUUCACUCCUCUACGACAAUCCCUGCCCUUCUGAAUUCUACAACUCUACACUCAAUUCUACUCUAUUUCGCUACGAAGGCCCCGAAAACGAAGUAGUAAAUUUAAUCUACGGCUGCAAUGGAUCCGCCAUGUCAGUGAAACCUCAAAAUCAUUUCAACUGCGGUUCCAGUAUUUCGAAUUUUACAGAUUCUUAUUAUAUAAUCGGGCCAGUUUCAACUGACCCGAUAUUGAGAUUCAUAGUCUGUAGUGUUAGUAUUAGGGUUCCAGUUUUGAAGGAUUCGGGCGAGAGAUUGACCGGAUCAAGAAUAAGUCUUGGCGAGGCCUUAAUGCUGGGAUUUAGUGUGAAGUAUAAUGACCCGUACCAGAGUAUAUGUUCAAAGUGUAAUGGAUCUGGUGGGCAAUGCGGGUUCGAUAGGAAUUCGGGUCAACCCGUUUGUAUUUGUGAUGAUAAGCUUUGUCCUUCUGCACCGGCUCCUCCACCGGAAGCUACUCGAAAUGCUUCGCCAGUGGCUGAUCAUUUGCAUGGAAAAUGGGAAAAAUCUGGCUUGCUUUCAUGGCCAAUUCGGUUGAAUAUUGCCAUUGAAACAGCCGAUGCACUGGCUUAUCUCCAUAAAUCGGACAUCGUGCAUCGUGAUAGCUUCAGAAGUAUAAGGAACGAAGAAUAUAACCUUCGAAGUUCGAGCUUCAAAGUGGCUAACCUUCGACGAAACCUCCUGUCGAAGUUCAGAUGGAGGGAGGCUGAGGAAUUCAAACGGGGGAGGCUGAGGAAGUGGAGGCAGAGGUGGAGGCUCAGCACAGCAGUAGAGGCGGAGGAGACAGAUGUCGGUUGGGACAACUCAGACUUCGGAGUGCAGAUAUUCAGCUACUGUGAUCUUGAAGAAGCUACUGAUAAUUUUGAUCGUUCGAGAGAAUUGGGAGAUGGCGAUUUUGGCACUGUGUACUAUGGUUUGAUUACAAGCCCUUUUGUUUCUCAUGCUAUUCCUUUCCGAAUGGAUAAAAGUGUGCUACGUGAUGGUAGUGUUGUUGCAGUGAAGCGUCUAUAUGAGAACAAUUUCAAGCGGGUAGAGCAGUUCAGGAACGAAGUCGAGAUCCUAACUCAAUUAAGACACCGGAACCUUGUCACCCUAUAUAGAUGCACAUCAAAAAGUAGCCGAGACCUAGUGCUAGUCUACGAGUAUAUACCGAAUGGAACAGUGGCUGAUCAUUUGCAUGGAAAAUGGGAGAAAUCUAGCUUGAUUUAA